AUGAAGUUCUCCACCCUCAUUGCUGCUGCCUUUGGCGCCGUCGUCACUGCCGCCCCCGCCCCCGCCCUGGAGCCCGCUGCCCUCGAGGCGCGCAAGUCUUUCGACUUUGGCCAGCUCAACAACCUGGUCUUCAAGCAGUCCGACUUCAACUACCUUCUCAACAUCAACUCUCUGAACCUGAACCUCUUCCAGCAGCUGGGCCGCAACAACAACCUCAACGUCCUGCUCUUCCAGGACGUCUUCAACGUCAACAGCUUUGACCUCAACUCUCUACUCCAGUUCCAGCAGCUUCAGACCCUGCUGGCCAUUGCUGGAACCGGCGCUCUCAACGGCUUCGAUCUUGGCGGCCUGGCUCUUGGAAACCUCAACCUCGGCCUGGUCGGCGGCAUCGGCGGUGUUGACUUGCGUCAAUUCGUCAACUCGGCCUCAAUCCCCCAGAUUGAGACCAUCGCUAAGACGGUUUCCACCACCAUCAUCGCCUAA